AGGGGAGGGGGGGAGUAUGGCCGAGCGUUACGGUCCAUACAAAAAUUUUAGGAUUUCCAUACAAAAAAGCGUUACGGAGGGGGGAGGGGGGGUCUAAAAAUGUCGAUUUUAGCGUUACGUAAUAAAUGGAUGCUGCCUAAAUAUGCAACAGUCAUUACUCGGUUUCGAGGGAAAACAACGCUGAAUUCGUGGAAACAAUCAGAAUAGCUACUAGUAAUAAGUUUGAAAUUUUCAAACAAUGUGUGGUGAUAGCUCCCAUCCAAAACGUGUUCUGAAAUUCGUCUGAAAAAUCAUGAUUUUGAUUGAAAAUUCCAUGAAAAAAAAAACGCCCAUGAAUUGAAAACAAAACUUUCUCAUCAAGUAAAAACGGUUCUUCUCAUAAUCUCUUAUAAAAGUUUCUUCAUAGUUUCUUAACAUGUAUAAUAUUAGAUCUCCAUAAUUCCUAGGAAUUAUUUAGAAAAUUCAAAUAGCAGUCUUAUUUGUGUUUUUUUUCUUGGGAUUAUGACGAAAAGUCCUCAUAAACAUAAAAAAACAAAUUCUGCAAAAUGUAGUCGAUCUCAAAACAGACAUUUUUCAAUAAUUCUAGAAACAACAAUAUUUGAAAUGUUAGAGGUUCUUAAUGAUUCAGUUGACAUUCUGGACUAGUAUUUCAAUACUUUUUUUUUCAAUUAUUCAAAAAGUCGCCCCCUUUUUUAGUAUUUUCGCCCCCCAAUUUUAGUUUUUCACAUUUUCGCCCCCUUCGGCCUGAUUUUCGCCCCCUGGGAGGCGAUUUCGCCCACUUUGGGAAUCACCGUUCUAGAAGAUGUCCCCGGUAGACACUCCAAGAGUUAUAUGAUGGUAACUUUAACCCUCCUAAGAUGUUAGGCUGGAGGUACAAGGAUAGCGUAGAGUACGCUCAUCGAGCCUGCCUGGGUCAUAUUGACCCCGACAGAACUUUUGAGAAAUACCUCGGGAGCAACUCUAGAAGAAAUCUCACGGCAAUUUCUGGACGAUUCAGGGAUAAAUCUCAUGAGUAACUCUGGGGGCAAACCAAAAAAUCCUCUGGAAGAAAUCUCAGAAAUUCUCUUACUGAAAUCCUCCGAAAAACUCUUGAAUAAAACCUAGGAGUCUCCGCAGUAAAGCUGCAGGAUUUUUUUCUGGAGGAAAAAUCAAAAAACAAAAAUAAAAUGUAAAAAUGCAUUUAGUUUUGCCGAAGCAAAUCUUCGAAGAAAUUUCUGUCGGUAUGAACUGUUUCAGAAAUUAUAAAUACAAUACGAUUGACUGCCAUUUCAAUUUGAGAACAAUAUCGAAAAAAAGGUUUUUCUUGCUCUUGUAGUAAACAUUCUAACGUAGCAAAUAAUACCAACUUCGUUGAUGUUUCUUCUAAAAAAUUCAAUGAAAUUUGAAGUUGCACAAAGCGGUAAAAAAAAUAUAGCAAAGUAGAAAAGAAACAAAUCUCACAAAUAAAAUAUUUCAUUUUUAAACAUAAUGAAAGUUACUGUAUCGAUAAGAAACAAAAUGUCUGAAUUGGUAAACGUUAUUUUUACAGGAAUAUUUGAUGAAGAACCAUCAUUGAGGGUCUUUUUUAAAGGAGGAGGAGCAACCAUUGACAUGUAUAGUUAGAUUUGAUCGUUGAUCGUGAUAUUUCAACAUUUCUCCCUGGAAUACUCCCAAAAGUUAUUCCAAGAUGACCCAGUUACUCUCGAAAUUUCUUCCGGAGUUCCAUUCAAAAUGUGUCCUAUACUUUUUCCCGGAGUUUCUCGCGAGAUUCCACCAAGGCUUUUUCCCACAUUUCUCUGGGAAUUUCUUACAGGCAAUUUUGUUGGUAAUCCUAGUAGGGGUUCCGAGAUUAACUACUGGGAAAAUCUCGGCAAGAACUCUAGAAGUGAAUGUUGUAGAACAGGGGUUCUCAAACUUUUCCAGCUUGCGACCCACUUUUGAUUUUUAUAAAUUUUAGCGACCCACUACACGUAUUUUCAUAAAAUUCGUUUUUUUUUGCAAAAUUUGUACUGACUUAUAUGGCCGGCAUUAACUCAGACCGGACCAUCUGUUUUUCAACGAUUUCGGGAAAAUGCCCUGCAAGAACUAGGGAUGUCAAAUGUAGUGCAUUUUUGUCCGAAAUACUAUAGUUCCUUUAUGUAGCGAAACGUCUGCUUUAAAAUAAUGAUGAAAAGUUCAAAGUUUUCGAAUUUUUUCGCAUAUCUUUACCUAUCCAAAAAACCGCGUAGUCCACUCUGACCGAACGCCGACCAUAUAGUAACUUAUAAGUAAAAUGUAUCACUUUCAUAGGUUUUGAUGAAAUUACGCAAACUUAAUUAAAAAUAUUUUUCAAUUCAUUGUGCUCUUUUGUUUUUUUUAUUUUUUUUUUGAAAAGUCUAGGUGAGGUUAAGGUACCCAAGUGUUCAGUUUCAGUAAGCUCUUAGUCUAAAAAGUUUUAGAUAAGUUUCCAAGUUCCUAAUAUGUAUAUUUAACCUGUCUGGCUUCAUGCAACACUACAGAACAGGUUUUAGGUAUUCACUCGCACGUUCUAGAAAUAAACAAAAACAUACAAAAACAUACAAUUUAUGCAAAGUCUUUGAAAAUAAGUGGUUAGCAUACAAUUCUGCAGAAUUUUAAAAUUUACUUUAAAAGAUCGGAUUGAAAUGCUAUAAAUAAUAAAUAUGUACAGCGAGCGAGUGAACUUCCUUCAUACACACUUAUUUUAUUUCUUUUUUUUUUAUUGAAAUCACUUUUCAGUUGUUUCAGUGUUUCAGUGUUUCAGUUUCCGAAAAAGUUCAAAUUAUCGACAUUCAGCAGAAUUUUAUAGAAGUUUAGCUUUACGAAAGUUCGGUAAAAGUACGUUUUCUGAUCAAAGUAUUAUUUUUGGUUAAGUAGUAUUUCAUUUUAUUUUAUUUUAAUUGCUAAACAUGUUGUAUUGUGUAAAUCUAAUUUAAAAUGCAAGCUAAGAGUAACAGCUUGAACUCAGUUUUCUUCCAGAAUACAGGUUGAACUUAAAACUGAGGGGUUAGCAGCAAAGGGAUGUGCGUGACAAAAACCUACUUUCGAGUAAAUGAGGUUUGAAGUUUUUCAUCAAUUUUUCAUCCCAUACAAAAUAUACAAUUUUCUACGAUUUAUUGCAAUUUUUCUAAUCAUCGUAAAAAUAAUGUUAAAAAAGUUCCUGAAAGCUUAUAAUCUGAAGAAUUUUUCGAUAUGCUUAGCUUAGAAUCGACAAAAUGGUCACUUACACCCUUUUGAUUCUGGGUCCCUCAACUGUUGAUUGAAAACGCUUAGCUUCAGAAACGAUUUCAGAAUGCUGACAGCAGUCUCAAUAUUCAGUAUAACCCAGACUAUGACUAUAGAAAUAGAAUACAAUUAAAUAGAAUUAAGGAGAAAUCCAAUUUCUAGAAAUAACUCUGCCAGUUCUUCAAGGGAGUAUUUGUGAAUUAUAAAAUAGCAAUAUUAAGACAUUUAUUACAGUAUCGCGACCCUCCAAAAAUCGGCCCGCGACCCACCAGUGGGUCGCGACCCAUAGUUUGAGAAACGCUGUUGUAGAAUUUCCAAAAAGGAACAUCCAGAGGAAUCCAGAAUUAUCACUAAAAAAAUUACGCGAAUCUCCUAUGUGGGUGAAACUUCGUCAGCAAGAUCUCAUGGAACUUCAAGAGAAUCCCACGAGAAUCUUUCAGAAAUAUCCUGGAAGCAUCUCUAGAAGUAAUCUUUAGAAAUUUGUUUGAACAUAUUUCAAGAGAAACUCAGAUAUAAACCUUAAUAGGGACUCUGUGAGCAAUACCGGGAGAACCUCUGUAAGAAUUUUCAGGAAGAACUCCUGCAGAAAACCCGUUAGAAUUCGUGAAGAAAUCCUGAGAGGAGCUCUACAAGAUGUCUCAGGAAUAAUUCUGGAAGAAACCCUACUUCUUAAAUUUCGUAAGGAGCUUCAGGAUGAGCCCUGAAAGAAGCUGGUGUAAGACUGUAGGAAAAAAUCCAGGAGGAGCACUGGAAGUAGUUGUAGAGAGUUCUCUUAGUGCUUCUCCAGGAUAACUUUUCAACUGUUUCUCUUGUAAUUUUGUCAAGACUUCUGAAAAAGUUGUUCAUGAAAUUUCUUCCAGAGAAUUUUUCGGGAUUUUUAUUCAGAGUUCCUUGCGGGAUUUGUUUCGUAGCUGCUCCCGGGAUUAGUCUUAGAGACUUCCAGAGUUCCUUCGGGAAUAUUCAUUAUAAUAUCCUCCGGGAUUACUCCAAAUUGGCGUAGUAUUUCUCGAGGUUGCUUUGGAGAAUCCUUGCGAAACUCCACCAGGAUUUCUUCCAACAUUUAUCCGAAAAUGGCUUACAAAGAACUUGGUAAGUAAAGGUACAAUUUCCGGAUUCCGAAAGCAAACCCGGGUAUAAACCCGGGAAAAUCUCUAGGAAAAAUCUCAAGAGGAAAGAUAUUUUCAAGCAAGUACGAGAAAAAUCCUGGAAAAACCUCAGAAGAAAAAUUCGGAGAACACUCCAUGAUAAAUGGAAAAGCUUUUGCAGACAUUUCGGAAGAAACCCUGUGAGAAAUUUUGAUUGUGAGUAAUACUCUGAGGAUAUCUCGAAACAUCGGUAGCAAUCUUUUAAGAGAAGUCUCCGGGAGAUACUCCGAGAGUAAUAUCACGAUAAACUAAAAAAAACUGCCGCACGGCAAUUUCUUGAACAAAUUCCAGAAGUAAUUCAGAGGUAAAUUUCCAGAUCGACACCUGGAAAUGCUCUGGAAGAAAUCUCAGAAAGAUCUCUGGCAGAAAUUCCGUGAAAAACUCUUGAAGAAAUCCUAGAAGUCCCUCCAGUAGAAACUACCCCUUCUACAGAAAUAUACAAGAAUAAUUCAUGUAACUCUGGGAGGAAAUCCUUAAAAUUUUGUUCAUUCAUGCCUCCGCAAAAUUCCUGAAAGAUGUCUGAAAAAUUUGUAUUUUAAAAUUUCCCCAAACAUAUUUUGAAAACCCUUUAUUAAUUAUCUACGAAGUUUUGUCAGGGAACUGAUUUCGUCCAGGGCUUAGCUGCUUUUUGUUUUAGAAAUCUUUAUUCCAGUUUUGCCGUGACAUCGCUCCUAGAUUUUCCAAGCAUUGCUCCUAACAUCACCUAGAAUAUUUUGGGAUAUUCCUUAAAAAAACAAAUAAUGAAGAUGCCACUAUUUGAAGAGCGAUUCCAAGAGUAGUAAGUUCUUCGAUAACCCUCGGAGGAGUUCGCAACAGCAUCCUUAGAAGCAUCUAGAAAACACCCUCCAAGAAAUUGCUCUAGGGAUUUCCAGAGCAGUGUUCAGAGACAUUUCCAUAGGAAUUUCCAGAAUUAUUUUAGAAGCGUUUUCAAUCAAAUGGCCAAUGAAGACAUUUCUUUAAUAAACCUCCGAAGAAUUCCUAGAGAUGAAUCUGAUGAACUCUUGUUGAAAAAGUCUUUCAACAAAUCUCAAAGAAAUUUCUGAAAACGUCCUGAAGAUAUUUGGAAGAAUCCUUGAAGGAAUAUCUGGGAAAAUUGACAUAAGAAAUUCUAGCGGAAAUAUCUGAGAUAUUUCAGAUAGAACCCGUGGGGGAUGUUAAGACGACUCUCUGGGACCAUAUCCAAAAAAAUGUAGGAAUCGUUGCAUUCUUCAGGGGAUCUUCGGACUAGUUUCUGCAGGAAGGAUUCCUCUGAAACUUUUGUAAGAGCCAACAUUUGGCGGAAUUCCCGUAUACAUUUCUGCAGAAGUUCUCGAAGAAACUUUUUGAGUAUUCUCGGAAGAAUCAAUGACGGAUGUUUUGGAUGAAUUUCAAGGAGAAUUCUUCAUAGAAAUUUAUCAAGAAAUCUUUGGAACUGUUUCGAGAGGAUUUUUUUUUUGAAAAUUUCGGAACAAUUUUUAGAAAAAUUGUAGAGAAGUAAAUAGAAAAGGAAUCUCUGGAAGAAUCCUCGAAGAAAUCUACAUUUUUUUUUGUCGCCAAAGGAACGUCUGUAGGAAUCUUUGUAACUGCUGCUGUCUUUGAAAGAAUUAUUGGUAUUAUUUCUGGAAUGAGCCUUGGGGGAAUACUUGCAGGAAUUCGCAAAGUAAUUCUGUCAAUCUUGAACAAAUUUUCGUUUGAAAUUUUAAAUAAGUAACUGUUUUAUAGAUUUCUUAAAAGUCCUAAGGAUCCUAUAAAGGAUUUUAGAGGAAUCUUUUGAAGACAAUUCUGAAGUAAUCCUUGGAAGAAUCAUCAUUGACUUUUUUUAUGAACCCUUGCAUAAAUAUUCGCUGAACUCCAUCGAUGAUUUUUUGGAAGAAUUCUCGGAGGAAUCCCUGAAUAUCCUUGUAAAGAGUUCUUGGUAGAAUUUCUGGAAGAACGUCUGAAGAAAAUUCUCAGGACCCUUCAGAAACCCUCGGAGAAGUUCCUGUCGGAAUCAUCAGGGAAUUUCUGUUGCCAUUUUUAAAUGACCUUCUGCAAGCUUGAAAAAAAAAUCUUGAAAAAUUCCUGUAGAAAUUCCAAAAAGAACUGUAAGAAAAAUUUAAGCAUGAAUUGUCGGAAACAUCUUCUGGGCAUUUCUUGAGGCAUUUCCGAUGUUUUGUUUCAAAAAAAAAAAAAACCGGUGAAGUGAAAUUUCUAAAACAAAAUUCUUUAAAGGAAUUAUCGGAGAAAAUAUCUGAAGUGGCCCUUGGAAAAGCUAUCGAAGAUUUUUUUGGUAGAACAUCGAUGGAAUUUCAGGAGAAAUCUUAGCAGGCAUCCAGAACAAAUCUUCGGUUGAAACUGCAAUUCUAGAUGAAACACCUGUAGUAUUUUUGAAGACAUAAAAAGAACUCUUCAGAAUUUUCAGAAUGAAUCUUUAUGUUUAUUUUGAAACAAAAUCAUCAUAAAACUAAUAGGAGGCUAUUCAGUUGUACCCUCGUAUGAACUUCUGAAACAGCAACUUUUCGAGCAACUCUCGCAAAGAUUUCUGCAGAACAUCUCGUAUAAAUUUCUGAGGAAUUUCUCGGAGAAAUUAAUAAAGCAUAUUUUGGGCGAAUUUCUGGAGAUAUUUUCACAUAAUUUUUCGAGAAACCCUCAGAGCUGUCGAAGUGGAAGAAUUUUUCCAGAAAUUCUUCCACAGGCACUUCUUUGAGAACUCCGCCAACAUUGUUUCUGGAUUUCCUUCAGAGAUACCUUUUAGAAUUCCUUGUAGUAUUCAUAGCAAUUUUUCCCGUAUAUUUUUUUGCAUUUUUCCAUAAAUUCUUUUGUACGUGUCUUCUGGAUUCUAUAAGAUUUUUUUUUCGAAAAUUCUUUCAGUAGUUUUUUAACGGCAUUCCUACAGAAAUUUUCACAUAAAUACUUCUUGGUUCUUCUUCUUAAAAAAAAAUCCUUCCUGAGUUAAGACCGAGAUUCCCUUCCGCAUUUCGACAGCAGUUCUUCCAAGAUUUCUUCCAGAGAUUUUUCCAGGUUUUUUUAAGGUGCUGGGAUUUUUACAGGUAUUUCUCCUAAGAGGCUUCCCAGAAGUUCUUCUGAGUCUUUAUGGAGUUUCUUUCGGCAUUUUGCAGGAGUUCGUCUUGAUAUUUCAUUAUUCCCGGGAUUUCUACAGCAGUUAAUCAUGGGAUUACUGCAAUCUUUCCACCUGGAGCUUGUCGCAGUGGUGUCUCUCUGGAUAUCUGCUAUUUUUUUCUUGACAUUUCUCCAUAUUUCCACCAGAGAUUCAUUUGAUAAGGUUUCCUGGGAUGUCCAAUUGAGAUUUUUCAAGGAUUUCUAGUAGAGUUGGAUGUUUUCCCGAAAUUUCUUCCAAAACCCUCCUGAAAAUUCUAGGAGAGGUCCUGAGAGAAAUUCCUAGAAACAAUUCACGAUGGAAUUUAGGAAGAAACACAAGGAGGAACUCCUGCAGAAAUCUCCUACAAAGAAUAUAAAGAAGGAUCUAUUGGAGAAAUCUUGAUGCUGUCUGCUGGAGAAACUCAUGAAGCAAGAGCAGUUAACCCUGAGAUCUUUCCAAUAUUUCUCCCUGAGAAUACUCACUACAGUUUGCCCAUAUCUUCCCCAACUUCCCUCAGAGUUUAUCUUGUUUUCUGCGUUAGCUACUCCUGACAUUUAGUUCGGAGUUCUAUCCUGGAAUUUUUCGUAGCAGAGUCACGGAAUAUUUCCCGGAAUCCCGUCCGGAAACCUUGUGAGAAACAAAAGGGUUUCUCCUGAGAUUUUUCCCAAGAAUACUGAUAGAAAUUACAGUAAGAUUACCCAGGAGACAUUCCUAGCAGAUGUCUCUAAAGGAAUUCUGGUGAAUACCUUGAGAAACCCAAAGAGGUACAGUGAGGAGAAUCCUUACAGGAAAUCUCUCACAAAUGAUUACGAAAUCUUGAGAAAUUACUUCACAAAACCCAAGAGGAGUUCAUAAAAUUCUUGCGAGAGCUUCUGAGACAAGUCGUGGGAACAACUUUUGGAGAAAAUAUGAAAGUAACUCUAGGUCUAGGACAUCCUAAAAAAUCUUCUUGUAGAAAUCCUGAAGGUAAUCUGCAAUUUAUCAAGGUGAAACUUCUAACGAGGAACCCGGUAGAACAUCAAGAAGAAAUUCCGGAAAGUAUUCGAACAGUAAUUCUGGAUGGAAUUUGUGGAAAGAUUCCUUGUUUUGUAUGGAAUUUUGGAAAAAAAAUAAUGCAAUUUCCUGGAAAAAUCUUGGAAAGAUAUUUGGACCCCUUGAAGAGGAUCGGAUCUCAUAGGCUUCCAUUAGAAUUCACUAGUCGACCUCUGUUUAUUUAAUCGGACAUUUGUAGUGCUCCAGUUAACUUUUCAUCCUGAGCUUCGGGCAACAGCAUCUUUCGUGUAUCAAAUUGAGCUCAAAUUUUUAGACAGCUACGUCGACAAGUACUGCUGCCAUUUCAGAUGUUAAGGCAUGAAAUUCCAGCUUUCUUACUUUUCCAUACAAAAGUUUGGUCCACACUAACCCAAACCGAUGAAAAGGAUUUGUUUGCCAAACAAUAAUACCACCACCGACUGGGUGCGACGAAAGGUACUGGUUGGAGCUAGUCGGCCUUCCUGAAUCAACCGGAAUAGAGAAGAAUUACCCCACAGCAACGAACAACGGCGACGGAGCUCUUUAACCGGAAGAAACACCCCAAAAACACCCCGAAAAAGUGCUUACUUACUGAAACUGAAAGGAGAAAAGUUUUCCUCUAGUCUGUGUGCAAUUGUCCCGCGUUACUCACUGUGACACGAGGAGGAAAAAGUUAUCCAUUGUUUUUUUCCUCGCCAUUCGGAGUGCGGAUGUGUGGUUCGGAGUGAUAAAUAUAGAACCAAGGAGGUUAAUUAAGGACGACCCUGUGCACGUUAUCAGCAGGACUAGUGUGUGGCGAGUGACGUGGAAUUUGAGGAAAGGAUUUCCGUUUACCGGUUGAGGAAUUCAACGAAGUUGAAGUAAUGGAGUGAAACGGUUGGCGAAUCAUUGUGUCAUGUGGGAAAUGUGAUGAGAAUCGACAUAAGAAGUGAACAAGUUUUAAUUGAAUGAAGUGUGUUGCCCGGAGAUAGAGGUUAUCAUCGGUGGGACGAAGAUUGUGUCUGUGAAAAUGACGAAAAAUUGCGCUUCUUAUCAUUGAGUGGACGAAUUGCGGUUUGUGUGAUAUUUUCCUAGAGGGUUCCUGAAUUUGCGGCAAGAACAAAAUCAAGAUAUUCCAUCCUCAAAGAAAAUCACAAUUAAGAAAGAGGAGAUAAUCGUUCCUAGGCAGAAAAGUGCACGAAAUCCUUGGAAGGCUUUCCUACUCCCCUUCCAUACCGCCCCCGUUGAUCUGAUCAAAUGCGCAUUCCCCCAUCUUCAACAACCGCAGCACAAUCAUCAUCAUCAUCAGCUAAUGAGAUUAACAUUGCUCCUGAAGACGAGGACAAUGAUGACGACGAAGACAACGCCAACGACCACGUGCCAAUAGAAUGGGAUUGGAAAAUUAGCUCGUUCUCUACGGGGGGUCAUACCUACUCUCUGGAGGCUUGUGCUCCACUAAUCCUAGCCUGGCGGCCAGCACAACGAAAUCCUCGGGCCGCUUUGACCUGGUGUCGUCGCCAGUUUUUAAGUGGCAAUUUUCCACAGUGAACGUGUCCGUCGAAGCCCAAUUAUUCGAAGAGUGAUUGUGUGAUUGUAGUGGGGGUGGGGUUUAUGGUGAAGCUUUCACUUCCCCGAAAGGAUACUUAUAAUUAAGUCUCGAAGUAACGCCGGUGCUGUGAAAAGAAAAAAAAAACGGAAAAAGAGUUCAACUUGUCACAAGGUGUUGAGAAUUUGUUCCGGGAAAAGUGGGGCGCGAUUGCGGAAUUUCAAUCAAGGUGAAAAUCGAAAGAAAUAAUUUUCUUCUACAUUGAGAUUCUGUCUGUAGCCUAACCAAGCAGUCAGCAACGGAAGACAUGGAAGCGGUGAUUGGAUUUUUCCUGUGGCUACUGGCGAUCGGAUUACAAAGUGAAUAUUCCCUGCACGCACUGGUCCUUCCGGAAACGGAUUCACACAGCAGCAGCGGUGGCCACGGUGGCAGUCUGCAUGUAAGCAGCGAGGAGGAGCUACCUGUCUCCUCUUCGCUGCUACCAACAACAACAACGACGACGACCACCACGACAACGACGCUGACGCUGACGAUGGAUCGUGUUCUUGCCGAGGAAAGAAUGGUUCCGAAUCUGGUGUUUCAUCGCUGUGCGGAUGGCUUCUUCCGCUGCAACAGCACACUGGAUUGCAUCGAACAGCGACGGAAUUGCGAUAAAGUUGCAGACUGCGAAGAUGGUUCCGAUGAGCGGGAUUGCGACGACAACGUCGAUUCCUGGUACUGGGAUCACCUAUUCCGCAAGCGACCAGCGGCACUAAACGACCAUCUGCCAUUUACUUCCUGUGCUUGGAAUGACUUCAACAUAUCGUGCCUGUGCCGCGCCACCGAAGUGCUGUGCGACAAUAAGGGAUUCACCGUGCUGCCGACCUCGCUGCCCAUGGAUAAUGUCACCCUGCUGGAUUUGACUGGCAACCGUUUCCCGCUGCUGAACAUGAACGUCUUCGAGAAGCUGCCGGCACUCAACACCUUAGUUCUAAAGCACUGUUCAAUAGAAGAGAUUGAACCACCUGCCCGGACCUUAAACGAUAUGUAUGCACUACAUUUGGAUCAGAACAAAUUAAAAUCGCUGCCGGACAUUUUCUUCCCGCCCAACACUUGGCUGCACAUACUCAUCCUGAGCGGAAAUCAGAUUACGAAACUGACUGCUGGGAACUUUGCUAAUCUGGACUUCCUGGAGGAGCUUGAUUUACGGGAUAAUCUAAUCGAGUCGCUUGAGGCGGAAGUUUUGCAGCCACUUAGAAGUCUGGAAAUGCUGUACCUCAACAACAACAAACUCACCCGGCUGGAUGCGGGAAUGAUUCCGGUGCUUCCGGCGUUGCGGACACUUUCGCUGGCCCAGAAUCAAAUCCGCUCGAUUGCCGUGGGCGCGCUGAACCUCCCGAAGCUGGAGCAUCUCUAUCUGUCCGAGAACAGGCUGUGGAUGGUGGCCAACGACACCUUCAGUAAACUACCGAAUUUAUUAGGAUUAUUUUUAAAUGACAACGAAAUAAGCCACUUCCAGAUAGGUUCGUUCACCGGCCUCCAUAAUCUUACCACGAUGAACCUCAAGGGAAAUAAAUUCACCCGAAUUGACAGCCGUGUGCUGCAGAAUCUCACCAGCCUGAAUCACAUACACUUUUCCGAGUUUCAUCACUGUAAAGCGGCGUUGCAUGUGAGGGUGUGUGAUCCGAAGGGUGAUGGCAUCAGUAGCAAAAGCCACCUGCUGGACAAUCCCGUUCUGAGGGCCAGCGUAUGGAUUAUGGCUGCGGUUGGAAUCAUCGGUAAUUUGCUGGUCCUGUUCGGGCGCUAUAUGGUCGGAACCAGGAGUAGCCAAGCGCACGCCGAGCACUCGCUGUACCUGAGGCACCUGGCCGCCAGCGAUCUCAUGAUGGGAAUCUAUUUGGCCAUUAUUGCCACGGCCGACAUUAUGUUCCGAGGCCAGUACCUGCUGUACGAGGAGGAAUGGCGAGCGAGUGGGUUGUGUGCCUUCAGCGGUUUUCUCAGCACCCUGAGCUGUCAGUCGUCCACGCUGCUCCUGACGUUGGUCACUUGGGAUCGAUUGAUUUCGGUCACCCGUCCACUGUACCAGCGGUCCGGCAGUAAAACCCGAGUCAUCCUGCGGUUGGCGCUGCUCUGGGGAGUGGCAGCUUCGGCGGCGGCGGCCCCCCUCUCGGCCACCGACUACUUCGGACCGCAGUUCUACGGAACCAACGGGGUGUGCCUUUCGAUUCACAUCCACGACCCGUACGCCAUGGGCUGGGAGUACUCGGCCGGGCUGUUCAUCCUCGUUAACACGUUCUCGUUGCUGUUCAUCGGGACGUCCUACCUGCGGAUGCUGCAAGCCAUCCGGGUUUCGAGGAACGAAACUCGAAACACGCUCAACUGCCGGGAGAAGAUUGUGGCGCGAAGGUUCGCCAUCAUCGUGGCUACCGAUUGCCUCUGCUGGAUGCCGGUGAUUGUCGUCAAAUUGGUGGCCUUGGGAGGCGUCCAGAUCUCGCCAUCGUUAUACGCGUGGCUAGCUGUGUUGGUUCUUCCGGUGAAUUCAGCCCUGAACCCGGUGCUCUACACACUGACGACGGCACAGUUCAAGCAACAGCUAACGAGGUUCUUCUACUCGCUACCAUGCGGCGCGUCGCACGAGCUGAACGGAUACGAUUCAGCGAUAGAUUCGAGGAAUAGCCUUGCACAGAUGACGUACAGCACCACUGCAAAUGGAAGUACGAGGCGGAUACCGCAGCGAAAGGACCGCGGCUCGACCAACACCAAGGUGUACGAGUUCAAAUAGCAGACAACAACGGGGCUGGUCGGCCGCCGGCACACGGUGUCCCAUCCGCGUCGUCGAACCGGCGGUGUGGCAGCCAACCCGGACCACCGCAAUCAUCGACACUGUUUCCUUCCCAUCCAGCAACAGCACCAGCACCAGCACCAACAACUACAGCAGCGCUCGUCCAAUCCCGGUUCGCCAUCGUCGACGUCCGCCAUGACCGCAAUGACCGACUCGACGUUGACGAUGAUUGAGCCCUGUUCCGGUGGUGGUGGUGCGGCAGCCGGACCAUCAUCGGGCCCAAUGUCACUGUCAGUUAGUAACAAUACUGGCGCCGGUGGCGGUGGCUUUGGCAUCAUCAGGGACAACAGCCUCAGGUUGAAGCCUUGUCUCAGCUUCGGUGCUACGAGCACCACAUCUGCUUCUGCUACUGCCGCCUCGGGGUCCAGUCACAAAGGGGCCGUCGGUUUGGAAAUGGUCACCAUGAGGACUCCCCAGCGGAAGGGAUCGUUUCAGGUGCUACUGAAGAAGGAUAGCGUCCGCAGUCGGAGCAGCUUCGUUUGCGAGUUGUAAUGUGCGGGCGAAUGACCGAUGACCGCGAAGGCCGAGUUGAGGCCAAGGUAUAAUGCUGGCAGAAAUAAUGUGUUCGUUUGGAGAAGUGCUUGCUUAUUGUUCAUAAGCUGAAAAGAAAGGUCAGCUCGAGAGGUUUAUAUCUUAUUAAUGGCUGCCUUAUUUGAUAAAUGGAAAGAUGGAUGGGAUUUAUUUUUAAAAAAUUUCUAGAAAAUGGAAUUUAUAUAAAAUUCAAGUAAGAUUCGAAUCAAAUUAUAAGAUACAAUUUUUAGUUUGAAAAUACUCAGAUUUAAAGGUACCACAUGGUGACCGUGAUAAUAUUCAAUUUUCACAGUUAUUAAUUGAAGGGCUUUCUUUGCCUGCCAUUGCAUGAAUUUGUAUAUUGUGAGGCAAGUUCAAUGAUACACUAUGCCCAGGGAGUCGGAAAAUUUUCCCGACCGGAACGGGAAUCGAACCCGCCGUCUCCGGAUUGGCGAUCCAUAGCCCUAACCACUAGACUAACUGGAGACCAAGUGGUUAAGGCUAUGGAUCGCCAAUCCGGAGAUGGAGGGAUCGAUUCCAGAUCUGGUAGAGAGCUUUUCUCGGCACCCUGGGCAUAGUGUAUCAUUGUGCUUGCGUCACCACAAUAUACAAAAUUCAUGCAAUGGCAGGCAAAGAAAGCCCUUCAAUUAAUAACUGUGGAAGUGUUCAAAGAACACUAAGAUGAAGAGAGGCAGGCAAAGUUCAAGUAGGAACGUAGACCCAUAAAAACGAAGAAGAAAAAGAAGAAGAAGAAGAAGAUAGUAUUAAAAUAAAAUGACCGCGUUAUUUCUGCCAAUAGAGUACAAUGGAUUGCGUGUUCCGAUGCGUUUCGAUUGGUCCCUGGUGUAUCCAGACCGUGCUGCGCCACCGUGAUGGGAGGCCCGAUCUGUUCCAUUUAGGCCGCUGGCGAUGGCGAUGGCAAUGGCAAGUAUAACUUCCUACUGUUGGCCGACGUCAACAACGACGACGGUGACAGUGAUAUGUCUGUGAUGUUAAUUGGUUAGGACGGUUUAGGACGUUUAGGUGACAGGUUCGUCCACUGUGCCGGAGAUAGACUAGCAAGCGCAAGAGAUUACAUGUUGUACACAAAGUGCGUGCUAAACUGAUAGGUUUGAACGUGUUCGUUGGAAAGUGAUUCGAAUGCGAUACGACUUAUUGAAGUAAAUUGAUUGGAAGCUCAUUCGGAUCAAUUGUUAUACUACAGGCGACGGUAGCUUUCAGGAGUUUGGUUCAUAUUGGCCUAAUUGUUCAAGUAGACAAACCAUUACAAUGGAUUUUUCGUUGAUCCACCAUUCGAAAUACAUGAAUAUUUAUGAAAAGUUUUUACAUAAUUAUAUGUUUAUCAGAGAAUUUAGUACCAUAAAUCAUUCAAAAAACUCCAUUCUAAUGGAUUGUCUACCUAUGCUAAAUUAUCAAAUACUAAUUGAAGUAAUAAAUAAAAAACAAACCAGUAAUGGUCAUGUACAGUUGAAAAAAAAAAUCGAGAGUGAAACACAAACUCAGCAAAUACAAGCCAAAAUCUAAAAACAAAACCAACGCAUUGUAGAGCAACUCUGAGAGCUUAGACCAUUUUAGAGACCUCUCCACGUAUAUAUUAAGGAUUAUUUAAGAAGAAAAACGAAAACAAGAAGAUCAAAUACAAAAUCUCUCGAAUUUUCUGUACAGAAGUGUAAAAGAAGAAUUUGUAUUUUUAAAUGUGGAACUUGGGUGAUUGAUGAUAACAACAAUGAAAUGAUAUUUUUGCGCUUAUUUUA